AUGGUGAUGGAUAUAUCAAAGUAUUACCAUCUCCUCACUUACUCGGCUCCCGCCUGGGCCAGCUUUAUGGCCGGUGCUUUUAUGCUUCUCACCCUCUCCCUUUCCAUGUAUCUUGUCUUCGAUCACCUUUCUACUUACAAGAACCCUGAGGAGCAAAUGUUUUUGAUCGGAGUCAUCCUCAUGGUCCCUUGCUAUUCCAUAGAGUCGUUUGCAUCGCUUGUCAAACCAUCCAUCAGCGUUGAUUGCGGGAUUCUACGAGACUGCUAUGAAUCCUUUGCCAUGUACUGUUUUGGUAGAUACCUUGUUGCGUGCAUAGGUGGGGAGGAAAGGACCAUUGAGUUUAUGGAAAGAGAAGGGCGUAAGAGCUCUAAGGCGCCACUAUUAGAUCACAAUGAAGAAAAGGGAACAAUAAAGCAUCCUUUUCCUAUGAAUUAUGUCUUAAAACCGUGGAGGCUUAGUCACUGGUUUUAUCGAGUUGUUAAGAUUGGUAUUGUUCAAUAUAUGAUAAUAAAGUCCUUGACUGCUCUCACAGCUCUGAUUCUUGAAGCGUUUGGUGUGUACUGUGAAGGAGAGUUUAAAUGGGGAUGUGGGUACCCUUAUUUGGCAGUUGUUCUAAAUUUUAGUCAGUCAUGGGCAUUAUACUGUCUGGUUCAGUUCUAUGGUGCAACAAAAGAUGAGCUGGCGCACAUAAAGCCGCUGGCCAAAUUUCUAACAUUCAAGUCGAUUGUGUUUCUGACUUGGUGGCAAGGUGUUGCCAUUGCUCUUCUCUCUUCCCUCGGUUUGUUCAAAAGUUCAAUUGCGCAGAGCUUGCAGUUGAAGACUAGUGUGCAAGAUUUCAUCAUUUGUAUAGAGAUGGGUAUUGCUUCUGUUGUUCACCUGUAUGUAUUCCCAGCAAAACCUUAUGGUCUAUUGGGAGACUGCUACUCUGGAUCUGUUUCGGUUCUCGGGGACUAUGCAUCUGUUGACUGUCCUAUUGAUCCAGAUGAGAUUAGGGACAGUGAGAGACGAACGAAGGUCCGUCUUCCACAUCCUGAUGUUGAUAUCAGAAGUGGUAUGACAAUCAAAGAAAGCAUGAGAGAUGUUUUCGUUGGUGGUGGUGAAUACAUUGUCAAAGACGUGAAAUUCACGGUGACUCAAGCGGUGGAGCCUAUGGAAAAGAGCAUCACAAAGUUCAAUGAGAAAUUGCACAAGAUCUCCCAGAACAUAAAGAAACACGACAAAGACAAGAGAAGAGUUAAGGACGAUAGUUGCAUGUCAUCCUCUAGUCGGAGAGUGAUUCGUGGGAUCGAUGAUCCGCUUUUAAAUGGGAGUUUUAGUGAUAGCGGAGUUACAAGAACCAAAAAGCACCGGCGUAAAUCAGGGUACACGAGUGCGGAGAGCGGGGGAGAGAGCAGUAGUGAUCAAGCUUAUGGUGGAUUUGAAGUAAGGGGUCGCAGAUGGAUCACCAAAGAUUAA